AUUGGUUUCAGAAGUCUGUCUGGCAGGACCGGGAGAGGGAAUCAGAGCUGAGACUAGAGCUGGAGGGACCUGUCCUGGAGCGGCCCUAGGGAUGCUGAGAUGGAGGGGAGCCUGCUGAUGGCAAGGAGCCAGGGCAGAACCAGCAGUGCCAGGGUAAAGCUCUGAGGCUCUUAGGUGGGAGACGUUUGCCUUCCUUUCCAACAGGAGUAAAGUCACUUUUGUUUUUCUCAGUGGUACCUCUUCAAAAGCUAAAACAAAACUAGAACAGAUGUCAUCUGCAUGACUGAAGUUGGCAAGGGUGUUUCAGGCUGGAGGAGGUUUAUCCCUCUGCCCUGUUUGUUGUUUAAUCUUCAUGAUCCACUUUGUCCCACCCCCCCCAAUAAAAAAAAGAGUUAGAAACCUUGCUAACCUUCUUGUGAAGAGCCCAAAUCAGAAUUGUCAGACACUGAAGGCCAUGCGGCGGUUUCGAUUUCUGAUCGAAGCAGAAGAAAACUAGAACAGGAUCUGUGCCUGAGUCUCAAUCAAGGUGUUCAUGAAAAAAAAAAUGCACAAUAUCCCGACUGACCGGAAUAAUUGAUGAAGAAGGGUGCUGGAUCCGUGGGUCAGAGAACACACAGGACCAGCUUGCCACCCCAAGGCCGAAGGCCUCCAACAGCCUGGAAGCUCUUCAGAACGCCUGGCCUAGCUUGACCAUGACGCCACAACGAACUCCUGACAGGAUCACAGGCACAAGCCAAGCCACCUCGAAGUAGCUCAUGGAAGACUCCCACGAGCCACUGGCCAGGCACACCGUCCUUUCCUCGGGGAGGAGGAGUGUGUGAGCAGAGGCACUGCAGCAGGAGUGGACAUGAACGCUGGCUUCCAGAGAGAGCGGCGGUUCAGUUUUGGUCAUCGAAAGUGGUGCCUGCAGCGCAGAAGACCGUGAUUUCUCCUCCAAAGCUGUUAAUCUCCAACACAGAGCUCAAGGGGAGAAGAGGCCAGAGCGGAACUGCCCUAGCAUCCAGUGUGGCAUCUCUCGAGCCAGGACCAGAGAUGACAGGACACAUGUCUCCAACCUUCAGCUGUUCACAUAGCACACAGGGGACUCGUGGGGGCCACUUGUCACUGCCAGUCAAACCUAUUCAAUGGCAAUACUGACAUCUUUCAUGCUGUUUUCAGGACAGAUGCUCAGGCAGAAAAUACCGGUGUGCUUCCUGUCUGCAGAGUAGGGGACCAUGUCACACCAAUAUGAACAGUGUGAACCCCAGGACCUGCUCUGAGUCCACUUGCAGCCACUGACACUCGGAGAAAAAACAAAGUCCAACCCCCAGAGCCAUUGUGGGGUUGGCUUCCACGGUUCUUGACCAAUGUGGCCAACGCUAGACACCUCGGGACAUUUGGAUUAUUCAUAAAUGCGACCCACCACCCCAGAUCCCCUGAGUAGUAUCUGAAGUCUUGUGAAGGUCAUGGAUCCUGAACAAAGUAUCAAGGGCACCAAGAAGGCUGAUGGAAGUCCCCGGAAGCGGCUGACCAAGGGAGAGGCCAUUCAGACUAGUGUUUCUUCCAGCGCCCCGUAUCCAGGCAGCAGUGCCACUGUUCCCUCAGAUAGUACCACCCAGGAGCUGUUAACCCCUCAGCCUUUUUCAGGCCCCUCGGUGGUUCUCAGAGAAGGCUCUCAGGAGAAAACGGGCCAGCAGCAGAAGCCUCCCCGGAGGCCCUCCAUCGAGGCCUCAGUUCACAUCUCACAGCUUCCGCAGCACCCUCUGACACCAGCAUUCAUGUCCCCUGGCAAACCAGAGCAUCUCCUAGAGGGGUCCACAUGGCAGCUGGUGGACCCCAUGAGACCCGGACCCUCAGGCUCCUUUGUGGCCCCUGGGCUGCAUCCGCAGGGCCAGCUCCUCCCAUCCCAUGCUUCCAUCCUUCCUCCCGAGGACCUGCCUGGCAUCCCUAAGGUCUUUGUGCCCCGUCCCUCGCAGGUCUCCCUGAAGCCCGCAGAAGAGGCACACAAGAAAGAGAGGAAACCGCAGAAGCCGGGGAAGUAUAUCUGCCAGUACUGCAGCCGGCCCUGCGCCAAGCCCAGUGUGCUUCAGAAGCACAUUCGCUCACACACAGGUGAGAGACCCUACCCCUGUGGCCCCUGCGGCUUCUCCUUCAAAACCAAGAGUAACCUCUACAAGCACAGGAAGUCCCAUGCCCACCGCAUCAAAGCCGGCCUGGCUUCCGGCUCCAGCAGCGAGAUGUAUCCCCCUGGGUUGGAGAUGGAGAGGAUCCCUGGGGAAGAGUUUGAGGAGCCCACCGAGGGAGAAAGCACAGACUCUGAGGAGGAAACUGGUACCACAUCAGGUCCGCCCACAGAGGUUCUCCCCAAAUCUAAGCAUCCGCUGCUCUCAGGUGGCUUAUACAGCUCUGGGAGCCAGAGUUCCAGCCAGGAACGCUGCUCAUUGUCCCAGUCGAGCACUGCACCGUCGCUCGAGGACCCCAGCCCAUUUGCAGAAGCCUCAUCGGAGCAUUCCCUGACCCAUAAACCAGAAGACACACACACGAUCAAACAGAAACUGGCACUCCGCCUGAGCGAGAGGAAGAAGCUGAUCGAGGAGCAGACGUUCUUGAGCCCAGGGAGCAAAGGCAGCACGGAGUCUGGGUAUUUCUCACGUUCUGAGAGCGCUGAGCAGCAGGUCAGCCCCCCCAACACCAAUGCUAAGUCCUACGCAGAGAUCAUCUUCGGCAAGUGUGGGCGGAUUGGGCAGCGGACCUCCAUGCUGGCAUCCACCUCCAGCCAGCCCCUACUGCCCCUGUCUGCUGAAGACAAGCCCAGCUUGGUGCCUUUGUCUGUACCGAGGACACAGGUGAUUGAACACAUCACCAAACUCAUCACCAUCAAUGAGGCUGUGGUGGACACCAGUGAGAUUGACAGUGUGAAACCUAGGAGGAGUUCUCUGACCAGGCGCAGUAGCAUGGAGUCCCCGAAAUCCAGCCUCCACCGGGAGUCACUAUCGUCCCAUGGGGAGAAGACCAAGCCGGAACAAUCUCUACUGAGCCUCCAGCACCCGCCCAGCUCCACGCACCCUGUGCCUCUCCUGAGAAGCCACUCAAUGCCUUCUGCUGCCUGCACCAUCAGCACGCCCCACCACACCUUCCGUGGGAGCUACUCCUUCGAUGACCACAUUGCUGACCCCGAAGUCCCCAGCCGCAGCACUCCCAUGUUUACCUCCCACCCACGGAUGCUGAAACGCCAGCCAGCCAUUGAACUACCUUUGGGAGGUGAGUACAGUUCCGAGGAGCCUGGACCAAGCAGCAAAGACCCCACCUCCAAGCCCCCUGAUGAACCAGAAACCAAGGAAAGCGACCUUACCAAAAAGACCAAGAAGGGGUUGAAAACAAAAGGCGUGAGCUAUGAAUGUAAUAUCUGUGGUGCUCGGUACAAGAAGAGAGAUAAUUAUGAAGCUCAUAAGAAGUACUACUGCUCUGAGCUCCAAGUCACAAAAGCCCACUCUGCAGGUGCUCAUGAUGUGGAAAAGACACAGGCUGAGCCUGAGCCUUGGUCCCAGAUGAUGCAUUAUAAACUGGGGGCCACUUUGGAACUCACUCCACUGAGAAAAAGACGGAAGGAAAAGAGUCUUGGGGAUGAGGAGGAGCCACCUACAUUCAGCAGCCCUGGCCCAUCAGACCCAGCUUGCAGCAGCCUUCCCCUGGAGUCCACCAAGUCACCAGCAGAACCAAGCAAAUCAGUUUCCUCCGUAGAGGGUCCCCCAAGCUUCCAGCCAAGGACUCCCAAGCCAGGGACUGGAUCAGAACCAGGGAAGGAGAGGAGAACGAUGUCCAAAGAGAUUUCCGUCAUUCAGCACACCAGCUCCUUUGAGAAGUCCGACCCACUAGAGCAGCCGAGCAGCCUGGAAGAAGACAAGUCCCUGGCGCAGUUCUCAUCCCCACCACCUGCCCCGCAUGGACGCUCAGCUCACUCCCUGCAGCCGAGGUUGGUCCGCCAACCCAACAUUCAAGUUCCAGAGAUCCUGGUGACAGAAGAGCCAGACAGGCCAGACACAGAGCCUGAGCCACCGCCAAAGGAGCCUGAGAAGACAGAGGAAUUCCAGUGGCCCCAGCGCAGCCAGACACUGGCACAGCUCCCAGCGGAGAAACUGCCGCCCAAGAAGAAGAGACUCCGCUUAGCUGAGAUGGCUCAGUCCUCAGGGGAGUCCAGCUUUGAGUCCUCCGUGCCUCUGUCUCGAAGCCCAAGCCAGGAGAGCAACAUCUCUCUGAGUGGUUCCAGCCGGUCGGCUUCAUUUGACAGGGAGGAUCAUGGAAAAGCUGACAACCCUGGGCCCUCAUCAGACACACGCUCCAAACCCUUGGGCACCCACAUGCUGACUGUCCCCAGCCACCACCCGCAUGCCCGAGAGAUGCGGAGGUCAGCCUCCGAGCAGAGCCCCAAUGUGCCCCAUUCCUCACACAUGACUGAGACCCGAAGCAAAUCCUUUGACUAUGGCAGCUUGUCCCCAACAGGACCAUCUGUAGCAGUGCCUGCAGCUCCGCCACCUCCAGCUGCUCCGCCAGAAAGAAGAAAAUGCUUUCUGGUGAGACAGGCUUCCCUCAGCAGACCUCCAGAAGCAGAGCUAGAGGCCACCCCCAAGGGAAAACAAGAGAGCAGUGAGGAGCCCUCAGCCAGCAAGCCUUCCACCAAAAGCUCUGUGCCCCAGAUCUCCAUGGCUACCACGCAAGGCGGGCCACCGGGAGUGCAGGACAGGCCCCCACUGGGGUCCAGCCCACCCUACACAGAAGCCCUGCAAGUGUUCCGUCCUCCUGGCACCCAGUUGCCCCCACCGGUCUCCCUCUUCUCCUUGCAGCACCUCUUGCCUCAGGAGCAAGAACAGUCCUCUGAAUUCUUCCCCACUCAAGCAAUGGCCAACCUCCUCUCCUCGCCAUACUCUAUGGCCCCGCUACCACCUUCCUUAUUCCAAGCCCCACCACUUCCUCUGCAACCUGCUGUACUACACCCCAGCCAGCUCCAUCUCCCCCAGCUCCUGCCUCACCCUGUAGAUGUCCCCUUCCGGCAGCCCCCUUCCUUCCUCCCCAUGCCGUGCCCUGCCUCCUCAACCCUCUCUGGAUAUUUUCUGCCUCUGCAGUCUCAGUUUGCAUUGCAGCUCCCUGGUGAAAUAGAAAGCCACUUGCCCCCAGUUAAAACUACCCUGGCCUCUCUGGCAACAGGAUCUUCUGGCCCCUCCAGCAGCGCAGAAUACAGCAGUGACAUCCAGCUGCCCCUUGUGACUCCCCCAGUCACCUCCCCAGCUCCCACAUCAGCCCCAACAUUGGCCCUGCCUGCCUGUCCUGAUGCUAUGGUGUCACUGGUCGUUCCCGUCCGCAUCCAGACCCACAUGCCAUCCUAUGGGAGUGCCAUGUACACCACCUUGUCUCAGAUCUUGGUCACUCAGUCUCAAGGCAGCUCAGCAAGUAUGGCUCUUACCAAGUAUGAGGAACCCUCCUCCAAAGGGAUGACUGUGUGUGGGGCUGAUGUGUAUGAAGCUGGGCCUGGCCCAUCUAGUAUAAGCAAGGAGCAAAGCAGAGGUUUCCAGACUCCAUAUCUGAGAGUGCCUGAAAGGAAAGGCACUUCGAUGUCCUCCGAGGGUAUUCUGAGCCUGGAGGCGUGCUCAUCUACAGCUGGUGGAAGCAAGCGUGUCCUCUCUCCAGCUGGCAGUCUUGAACUUACCAUGGAAACCCAGCAGCAGAAAAGGGUAAAGGAGGAGGAGGCUUCCAAGGCAGAUGAAAAACUGGAGAUGGUGAGCACCUGCAGUGUGGUGCUGACCCGUACAGAGGACAGGCAGAGGACAGAGAAGCCCUAUGUGCGUGGCCAAAGCCAGAGCAGGAGGGAGGCAGAAACACUGUCCAGCUUGUCUUCAGAUCCAUCCAACCCAAAAGGACUUUCUCCCCUCUCUCAUCCCACAUUGCCCCAUGGGACAGCCCCCGGCUCAGAAGCUUUGAAGGAAUAUGCUCAACCAUCUAGCAAAGCUCACCGAAGAGGACUGCCUCCACUGAGUAUAAAGAAAGAAGAUCCAAAGGAACAGCCUGUCCUUCCUCCACUAGCACCCCCUAGCUCUCUGCCUCUGCCAGACUCUUCCCCCAAACCAGCCAAAUUCCAAGAAGGUACAGACUCUAAGAAGGUACUGCAGUUCCCCAGCCUCCACACGACCACUAAUGUCAGUUGGUGCUAUUUAAACUACAUUAAGCCAAAUCACAUCCAGCAUGCAGAUAGGAGGUCCUCUGUUUACGCUGGUUGGUGCAUAAGUUUGUACAACCCCAACCUUCCAGGGGUUUCCACUAAAGCUGCUUUGUCCCUUCUGAGAUCUAAGCAGAAAGUGAGCAAAGAGACAUACACCAUGGCCACAGCUCCACAUCCUGAGGCAGGAAGGCUGGUACCAUCCAGCUCCCGAAAGCCCCGCAUGACAGAGGUGCACCUCCCGUCGCUGCUUUCCCCGGAGAGCCAGAAAGACCCAGCUAGAGUGGAGAAGGAAGAAAAGCAAGGGCAGGCAGAGGAGGGGACUCCCACUUCCAAGAGAGGGGAGCCAGCGAGGGUCAAGAUCUUCGAAGGAGGGUACAAAUCAAAUGAAGAGUAUAUAUAUGUGCGAGGCCGCGGCCGAGGGAAAUAUGUUUGUGAGGAAUGUGGAAUUCGCUGCAAGAAGCCCAGCAUGCUGAAGAAACACAUCCGCACCCACACUGACGUCCGGCCCUAUGUGUGCAAGCACUGUCACUUUGCUUUUAAAACCAAAGGGAAUCUGACUAAGCACAUGAAGUCGAAAGCCCACAGCAAAAAGUGCCAAGAGACGGGGGUGCUGGAGGAGCUGGAAGCCGAAGAAGGAACCAGUGAUGACCUGUUCCAGGACUCAGAGGGGCAAGAGGGCACCGAGGCCGUGGAGGAGCACCAGUUCUCAGACCUGGAGGACUCUGACUCCGACUCAGACCUGGAUGAAGAUGAGGAGGAGGAGGAGGAAGAGAGCCAGGAUGAGCUGUCCAGGCUAUCCUCAGAGGCAGCUCCGCUCUGCCUGCCAACCACACUACAGGAGGACUCCUCACCCAUUCAGGGCCGUCAGCCUCCAGAUACCACCUCUGACGAGGCCCCACAAGGCAGCUCCAUCUCAGAAGCCACACACUUGGCAGCCAGCAGUUGCUGCACACCUAGGCGGGGUACCCCAGGCCUUCCCCAGGUGGGACUGGCCCCAGUGGAGACGGACAUGAGCUCGGCUCUAAGUUCCAAGGCUAUGCCCCCUAGGAGGUCAUGGUCCCCAAGCAAAGAACCAGGCAGCCGCCCCUCACUCACUCGCAAACAUGCACUCAGCAAAAACGACUUGUCUCCCCAGCGAUGUUCACCGGCCCGAGAAGCUCAGGCCUCAGUCACAAGCACACCUGGCCCCCAGAUGGACCCAGGAAGGGACAGAGGCCCUCAUCUUUGUGGGUCUCCAGGACUGGAGCUGUCUCCUCUCACUCCCCACCCCAUAGGAAGAGAGGUGCCCCCUUGGGCACCUCUGCCCCAUGAACUCAAGAGUGCCACAGACACUGGCACCCCCAGAUAUUCACCCACCAGAAGAUGGUCUCUGGGUCAGGCUGAUUCACUCCCACAGUCAGAGCUGCCAGGGAAGCGGCCCCUGGCUGGGCCCUGCAGCCCCUCAGUGGGCAAGUGUAGCCUGGGCUUGGGGCCGGUUCCACAGGCUCUCCUCCAGCCCGUGCCUCUACCUCACACACUUCUCAGCAGAAGCCCUGAAAUGUGCAGCUCUGCAUGGAAAACUGAGAUUCCAAGUCCAUCCUGCUCAGCCGGCCCUGUUCCUGUCUUCCCCCGACCAUUCUCUGCCCCCCAUGACUUCCAUGGCCACCUCCCCAGCCGCAGUGAGGAGAACCUCUUCAGCCACCUGCCUCUGCACUCCCAGCACCUGAGCCGCGCCCCCUGCCCCCUCAUUCCAAUCGGUGGGAUUCAGAUGGUACAGGCCCGGCCAGGAGCCCACCCCACCCUGCUGCCAGGGGCCUGUGCAGCCUGGGUCAGUGGCUUCUCAGGGGGUGGCAGUGACCUCACCAGAGCCCGAGAGGCCCAGGAGCGCAGCCGCUGGAGUCCCACAACGAGUCCUUCUGCAUCGGUGUCUCCUGUGGCCAAGGUCUCCAAGUUUACACUCUCUUCAGAGCUGGAGGAGGAAAGGACGGGCAGAGGCCCAGGAAGACCUCCUGACUGGGAACCUCAGAGGGCUGAAGCCCCUGCAGAACCCAUGGGCACACGCAGCCCCUGUUCCCCACAGCUGCCCCGGGGCCACCAGGUAGCACCAUCCUGGAGCGCCCUCUUGGAGUCACCACACACACUGGCCAACCGCAGGGCCUCGAGCUUUCCACCGAUGGACCGCAGCAGCUCCAUGGACUGCCUGGCAGAGGCCUCCACGCACUUCCCAUCCCGGAGCAGGAACCUCUCUGGGGAACCCAGGACCUGUCAAGGCUCCCCUGAGCUCUUACAUAGUGGGGAGCCCAGGACACCUCUAUUCCUACCCAAAGACAGUGGCCCCCCAAGCACCUAGCCUCUCCAGCCGCUUCAUCUGGUUUCCAGGGUUCAGCAACAGACAUUCCCAGCCAACUUCCUGGAGUCACCAUGCUCCCAUGGGCGUCCUCUCCCAUCUGUCCACCUGUCCAUCAGUCCACACGGCUCCUGCUCAGACCCAUCUGUUAUAUUGUUCCACAUAUGCAGUUACCUGUGCCUUUUUCUAGACCUUUUGUUGCUUGAAAAGAAACAACACAAAUCACACACAUCCAUAAAAACAAAACAAAACACCACUGAGGAGCUUGAGGCUGUGACUAGUUUGUGCUUUGGGGACAGGGCUGUAGGAGGGGCCUCUUCACCUCCAAUGCCACACUCCACACUGGCAGCUGUCCCACCUCAAGGCCCAUGAGAAGUUACAUUGCACCGAGGGAAAGAAGAAAAGGGGAGGGGGAAGUAUCAUUAAAUUCAAGGCAAGCACUCCUAGAGAGACGCCUAGGAUUCCAUGUAUAUACCCAGCUAGUAGCCACUGCACUCUGCACAAUGACCAGAACUCCGAGGCAGAAAAACACCAAUACAGGCAGAAACCAACCCUAAGAACAUUAGCUUUUCUUGUUUUUCUAAGAGUCAGGACAAAAAGCUGCUUUUUGCUAGCAUCUCAGUACAGAGUAAUAGCAUGCAGGGACGCAGUGUGGACAAUGGAAGGGACGCAGUGUGGACAGUGGACUCAUCUUCUCCCUCUAUACUCCACCUUCUCCCGGAGCUAAUACAGGGGUCCAGGUUUCUCCUACACACCUGUAGGUCUCUGCCUCCUGGGCCUGGCCAUGGACUGGCUCCUUUAUGUUUAGAAAUACCUGAGGAUGAAGGGACCAUGGCAAGACUAAAGAUAUUCCUAGUCCAAGCCUGUUCUGAGCCUGGGGUUUGGAGUCUGUUUCCCCUCCGUCCCCAAGAAACGAAGUGUGGCAGGCUCUUCCCUCGUGGCUGGAUUACACAUGAGCACAUAGACACACAUAGCAACCAAAGAUGGUGUUUGGUACUUUUUCCAACCUCUUGAGAUUCCCUUCUCUUGACUUGGAAUAUUUCUGAAUUGCCCCAAGUCAUUUGAAUUUUUCUCCAGUUCCCAAGGCAAAACCUACUUUGGAAAAAUAAAAGUAAUAGGACCAAAAAUUAAAAUCCCAGGUUGAAAUAUAGAACCUGACUUUUUGAAUGCAAAAAGAAAAAAAUAUUAUGGUUACUGUUUCAAAGACAGAAAUGCUCUUUGCCUUCUCCAAAGGAGAGAGAGAGAAAGGGGACAGUGGUGAGGAGGCCCCUCCUACAGCCUUGUCCCCAAAUCACAAAGCAUGUUCCAGCUAUGCUGGAUACUGUUGUCACAGUAUUGGAAGCACAGGCCUAUGCCUGGACAUCAGGCGGGGCACGGGGUGAAGGCUCAAGGGAGAGCUGAAUGCUGAGGCUGUUAUUUGAGAAAACAGACAAGGCUGUGAGGGCACCAUGCUGAGCUACCCUCUCACUCCCUACAGUUUGCGCCCUUCUCCAUCUGGCAAAUCAGCAGCCACAGCCCAGUGCCCAGGCCAAUCACCUGGCUUGUGCUCUUUGUCUGACCCAAUACUUAAAAAGUAAGAGUCCGUAGGUCAGGGCCUCCUGUGUACCUGGGAGAAGCUGUCAAGUCCAGCUGGGACUCUGGGGGGAAGAGAGGUCACAGCUUUCCUCCCAUCUGCCCCUCAGCCCUAAACAGGCCUCACAGAUUGGAGAUACUAAGGGCUGAGGUGAGGAGCUGAACAUCAAGCUUGAUGGCUUCCUAGGCAAGAUCUCCUGUCCACAGACUACAGGCUAGCUUCUGACCUUGAGAUAGCCACUGCUCUCCACUUCAUUCUAUACCCAAGAUCUCCUGGGAAUUACUCUCCUGACUCCUCUCUCUCAUUCUCUCAUUCUCUCAUUCUCUCAUUCUCUCUCUUUCUCUCUCUCUCUCUCUCUCUCUCUCUCUCUCUCUCUCUCUCUCUCUCUCUCUCUCUCUCUCUCUCUCACACACACACACACACACACAUCCUUCUUCUCUGGCAGUCUAGUGGCAGAUACAGUAUGGUCACAGAAUGGAGAGUCCCCACAGUUACUGGUCCCAGCCAACUCAGGGAAAUGGGAUAUAGCAAAGCUAGGAAUUGGAGACUUGUCUCUAGGUGACAGAGAUAGAAUACACCGAUAGACUCUAGCCCCACACAGAUGCCCAGAGGGCUGCAAUGGAUGCCAUUACCAGGCACAGCUCUAAUCUCAUUCAAACUCUCUCCGCCACCCCCAAGCCCAUGGCCCCGGGCUGCACACACCUUCUCCAUCUGGAAAACCUCUCACUCCAGGAAUACAGUCUGGGCUCCUUGCCCACAACCGGCCACUUCUGACUUUGCAGUCUGCCUGUGACACUAUUGUCAGUGAUGACAGCCUAGUUCGGACACCUAUGUGGGGUCUGCAGAACAAGAUGGCCACUCCUCGGUACAGACUGUCUCUGAUCCUUACCUGUGACUGCUGGGGAGAUCUCAAGUCAAAUCCUGUCCUCCAUGGGUGGUGGUUCCAAGCCACCUGUCACUGAGGCCUGACCCCUAGAAACCCUUUACUGGGUGACCUCACAUCAUUCAGAGUACUAACCCCUUCCUCACCAAGGGCAGGUCCGCCUCUUCCCAACCCCAAUCAUAGCCGACACUCUGGUCCCAGGCACCAACACCCUCCAGGGGUUCUGACAGGGGUAGCUGCCUAUUAUCCAGACACAAAGUCUGCCUGGCUCAGUGGGGAAACCUCUUAAAAGCAUUGGAUCCCAGCUUCCUCUAGGCAUUGUUCGCUCUCGCCUGGCCCAGUGGCCUAGGAAGAAGGAAUAUGUCUGAGCUGAAGUCUCCUUCUAGUCCUUGCUGCUGACUCUUCCAGGUCAAGUCCUGGGAGACUGAUCUGCUCUGCCGUGUUGUCUAAGAAAGUUCCCAAAGUCAGUGCCGCCAAAUCUGCUUCUGUGUUGUGGUCCCUGUCUGCUUGACAUUUGAAAACCGCUUGGGCACUGCUGAUCACUUUACUGAAUGUGGUGAUCAAGAAGAAAGGGAACCGUGUAGGCAAAUGUAAGAUACUCACGCUCUGUAAGAUAAAUCUUUGCCUUUGUUUUUCGAAAAGGUGUAUGCGUUCUGUGCGUGAAAUCGUCUGUAGAGAGUUUCCACUUUCUUCAAUGGCAAUACAUUCCAAAACUCGUACUGUAGACAUGUACAGCAACCGCAUCGGAGAGGGGUAGUUUUGCCUGUGGUUUUAUUUAAACUCCAGUUUCUACACUUGUGUCUUGCAGUUGUCAGUAUGGUAUUCAUCAGUGCAAAAGAAAAACAACAAUAACAACAACAACAACAAAAAAACUCAAACAAAAAUCCACGCAGGUCUAAAGCACAGUGUCUGUUGUACAAAAGGAAAGAAUCGCUCAGUAUUGGUGUGUGUGACCCUUGUAAAUCCCAUCUGUACUGUGAAUGAGACGUUUUUACAAGUAUAAUAAUUGCCUUUAUUACUGCUUGGGCUGAGUGUUCAGCCUGAAGAUAUUUUUUAAAAAAAAUAGCACGUUGGAAUAAAUUUGAAAAUUCCCAACAGA